AUGGAAGGAGACGUUAUUGACAAACUAGAGGACAUGUCAUCGGUGUACGACUUCGACCCGAUCACCGGCAACAUCCCCGCCACCAAAGUAGAAAUCACCGUCUCCUGCAGAAAUCUGCUGGAUAAAGACACAUUCUCAAAGUCAGAUCCAUUAUGCGUGCUUUAUACCCAAGGUGUGGAAACCAAACAGUGGAGAGAGUUUGGCAGAACAGAAGUGAUAGACAACACCCUUAAUCCAGACUUUGUUCGAAAGUACAUCCUGGACUACUUUUUUGAGGAGAAGCAGAACCUUCGCUUUGACCUGUAUGAUGUUGACUCCAAAAGCCCAGACCUGUCCAAACACAAACCCGCAGAACUCAACGACUUUUUGGGUCAGACGUUCUGUACUCUUGGGGAGAUUGUUGGAUCACCAGCCAGUCGACUGGAGAAACCACUGGGAGGAAUCCAAGGGAAGAAAUGUGGCAUUAUCGUCCUGUCCGCAGAGGAGCUGAGCAAUUGUCGAGACAGCGCCACAAUGCAGUUCUGUGCCAACAAGCUGGACAAAAAGGACUUCUUUGGCAAGUCGGACCCUUUUAUGGUCUUCUACAGAAGCAACGAGGACGGAACGUUUACUAUCUGCCAUAAAACAGAGGUGGUGAAGAACACAUUAAAUCCAGUGUGGCAGCCUUUCGCUAUCCCAGUACGAGCGCUCUGCAAUGGAGACUUCGACAGAACAAUCAAAGUGGAGGUGUACGAUUGGGAUAGAGAUGGCAGUCAUGACUUCAUUGGGGAUUUUACAACCAGCUACCGAGAGCUAGCUCGAGGGCAGAGCCAGUUUAAUGUCUACGAGGUGAUUAAUACCAAGAAGAAAAUGAAGAAAAAGAAAUAUGUCAACUCUGGGACAGUAACCCUGCUCUCAUUCUCAGUGGAGUCAGAGUUCACUUUCUUAGAUUACAUCAAAGGAGGGACGCAAAUCAAUUUCACUGUGGCCAUUGAUUUCACAGCAUCUAAUGGCAACCCGUCCCAAUCCACUUCGCUGCACUACAUGAACCCGUACCAGCUGAACGCCUACGCCAUGGCCCUGAAGGCUGUUGGGGAGAUCAUUCAGGACUACGACAGUGACAAGAUGUUCCCCGCUUUGGGCUUUGGAGCCAAACUGCCCCCUGAUGGACGGGUUUCACAUGAGUUUCCACUGAAUGGAAACAUGGAAAAUCCGUACUGCAAUGGUAUUGAGGGCAUCUUAGAGGCAUACCACCAGAGUCUGAAGACAGUGCAGCUGUACGGGCCAACGAACUUCGCUCCUGUGGUGAAUCAUGUUGCCAGGUAUGCAGCUGCGGUGCAGGACGGCUCUCAGUAUUUUGUGCUCCUCAUCAUCACAGACGGCGUCAUUUCCGAUAUGGCCCAGACCAAAGAGGCCAUUGUAAAUGGUGCGAAGCUUCCUAUGUCCAUCAUCAUAGUUGGAGUGGGUCAGGCUGAGUUUGACGCUAUGGUGGAGCUGGAUGGUGAUGACAUCAGGAUCUCAUCGCGGGGGAAGCUUGCAGAGAGAGACAUUGUUCAGUUUGUUCCCUUCAGAGAUUACAUGGACCGGACAGGCAACCACGUGUUAAGCAUGGCUCGGCUCGCUAAAGACGUGCUAGCAGAGAUCCCAGACCAGUUCAUCUCUUACAUGAAGAGCCGGGGGAUCAAACCCAACCCGGCGCCACCUCCCUACACACCGCCCGGACACACACACCACCACACACAGAUCUGA